GGAGGGGGGGAGGGUUCGUCCAGGGCAUGAGCCGCCGUUCUGGAGCCGAGAAACGAACGGCUCUUUCCUCUCUAUCCCUGUGGCAGGGGGAUGCUUGCCUGCAGCCCGUGUCUCUGCAGCCCGUCUGGGCCUUUCUGGGUGGUAUACCGUUCCUCUCAAGGGAAGCGCCUGAUAUUGUCUGAAGUGUGAGGCCUGUACGGUGGCUUGAAGAUGUCCCAGGGCUGCGACGAUGAGUGGGAGCUGAGCAAGGAGAAUGUGCAGCCGCUGCGGCAGGGCCGGGUGAUGGCCACGCUGCAGGAGGCCCUGGCUCAGCAGGACGCUUCCACCCACACGGCUGCUCAGCUCAGAAAACAAGAAUUUGAAUCAGAAAUCAGAUUUUAUUCUGGAGAUGAUCCGCUGGAUGUCUGGGACAGGUACAUCAAGUGGACGGAGCAAACCUUCCCCCAGGGUGGAAAGGAGAGUAAUCUCUCUGCAGUAUUGGAAAGGGCAGUGAAAGCUCUCAACAAGCAGCAGAGAUACUACCAAGAUCCCCGUUAUCUUAGCCUCUGGCUCAAAUUUGGAAAUUGCUGCAACGAGCCCUUGGAUCUGUACAGUUAUCUGCAUAGUCAGGAAAUUGGUACAACACUGGCACAACUCUAUAUUACAUGGGCAGAAGAACUUGAGGCUAGAGGAAGUUUUAAGAAAGCAGAUAUAAUUUUCCAGGAAGGCCUUAGUCGCAAGGCGGAGCCUUUGGACAAACUCCAGUCUCAUCACAGGCAGUUUCAGACCCGCGUUUCUCGGCAAACGCUACUGGGGCUUGAGGAAGCUACUGAUGAUGCAGGUCUUCUGGGAACUGAAGAACCUCAGAGAAGCACGCUGGCAGAUCUAAAAGGCAGGGGGAAGAAAAAAGUGAGAGCUCCAGUUAGUCGUGUAGGAGAUGCACUUAAAGCCACAAACCAAAACAGAAGCUUCCAGACUCUAACUUCUCAGCAGCUUUCAAAUAAUCCGGGUUUUACUGUGUUCGAUGAAAAUUCUGCUUUGGCUUCUGGACCUGAGAUUCCCAUACUUACUCCGCAGUGUUGGACAGAGCCUCCAGCUCCAAGGGCCAAGGAGAAUGAGCUAAGCGCGGGACCUUGGAACUCUGGGAGGCGUCCUUGCAGCAGUGCAAAUUCCGGUGUAGAAGUGCCCUGUCCAAAGCCAAGUUUCACCCCGUACGUGGAAGAGUCAGCUCAGCAGCAAGUCAUGACUCCCUGCAAGAUUGAACCCAGCAUAAACCACGUUUUAAGUGCUCGCAAGCCUGAGAAAGAGGAGGACCCUCUACGACGGGUGCAGAAUGACCAUCAGGAUACCCAGGAGAAGAAAGAGGUGGUGAUGUACUGCAAAGACAAAGUUUACGCUGGAGUGGAAGAAUUCUCUUUUGAAGAGAUUCGAGCUGAAGUCUACAGAAAGAAAGCAAGAAUGAAAGCUGAAGAGGAGAUGCAGACCAUAGCGCGGAAGAAGGAAGAAAUAAAAAAGAAAAUUGAGGAACUGGAGAAGAAACUGAAGGAGAAAGAAAAUGACAAACGGCAACAAUUACAUGAGCAGCCAGCAGAGGUAACAAAGCCUUCACCACCUUUGGGACUACAAGAGCCUACCUUCUCCAGUGCAACAGAACUGGGGGUGAAACAGCUUCACUUACAAAGUCGUUCUGCAGAUCAUGCACAGAAAACUGCUCGGCGCCCUCUUGCUGUUCGCAAACCUCCGGAUUCUAUCGCUGCGAAGGAAAACUUAACACCAGAAGCCUGUGAUGAGCUGCACGGAAUUGAACCUCUGACUGAAGAUGCGAUUGUGACAGGCUCCUACAAACACAAAAGCCUUUGUGCCAACCCGGAAGACACGUGUGACUUUGUUAGGGCUGCCCAUCUGGCCUCAACUCCCUUUCAUGGGGUGGUAGCUCAGAGAAUCCCAGCUCCUGCUUAUUCACAGAGUGUUCUGAAGGAAGACUGUCCAGAACCCAAGAGUGCACCUCUGAAUGAGAAAACACCAGUUUGUGAGGGAACAUACAGUGAUGCUCUCUGUGUAAAUAAACUGAGCCCAAUCAUGGAAGCGAGCCUGGAGGAUACUCAUUUGUCAGGUUCUUCUGUCUCUUCAGGAUCUUCUCUUUCCUCUGUUACACAAAUAUCCACAAUUAAAUACCUGCACAUCCCUGAGAAACUGGAACUUGCUCAGAGCUUGCCUGCCGAACCAGUGACUGAUUCUGGAAGUACCAGUGAAAUCAUUACUGGUGAUGAUGUAACUCAGUUCUUGUGGACUGCUGAACAGCGUAAAAAGCUUCUGGAUCCCAUACCAGAGUCGUUGACUGCUUCUCCACAUUUUCAUUUGGAGGCUGGCUCUCUGCCUGUCACUGAGAUUGAGAAAGACAUUGAGCUAGGAAAUGAGACUUACUGCAUCAAAUGGGAACACUGGACCAACGAAGAAUACAAAAUGCUUUUUGCCAUUCCAGCUAACUUUCCUCAGUUGGAUGCGAAGGGAUUUGCAAUAAAGGUGUAUUCUCAGCCUGUGCCUUGGGAUUUUUAUAUCACACUUCAACUACGUGAGCGUUUGAAUGCUGACUAUGACCAAAGCUUCAGUGAAAACUGCAGCUGUUUCCUGUACCGGGACGGCUGUGCUAUUCUGCACAGGGACGUAAAUCGCUUCACGCUUGUGGAUGUUAUUUGUGGCUGUAAGCCCAUUAAAGAGGAAGUUAUCCUACUGGUUGUUCAUAAUCUUCUGGGUGUGGUAGAGAAGCUCCACAAAGCAGAGAUCGUCCACGGAGAUCUGAGGCCAGAAAUAUUCUUUCUGGGUGACAGGAUCUGUGAUCCAUUUGCUAAUGAUGAGAUGGCGAGAGCUCUGAAGAUAGUAGAUUUCUCUCACAGUCUGGAUUUAAGAUUGCAGUCUCGAGUAAGCUUGCCCAACAGCUUUCCAAUAUCUCAGACCCCUCAUGGACAACAGCUUCUGGCGAAAAGUUCCCUUCCUUAUCAGGCAGACUUGGUUGGCAUUGCAGAUAUAGUCCAUUUGAUGCUGUUUGGUGAUCAUGUCCAGGUCUAUCAAGAGAACUCCAUCUGGAAAAUCAGCCAAAAUGUAUCCAAGACUGUUGGCUGUGAUUUCUGGGGUAAAUUUUUCGAGCAAAUUCUGAAUGCAGAUGGUAAGUCCACAGUGCCUCUGCUGAGGGAGCUGAGAGAGGAAAUAAGCGGCAUGUUUGACAGCUGUUUCCAAGAACGCCUUUGGGAAUCCUUAGCAGCACUGGGAGAAGCUUCCUUCUUGGAGAACUUCUGAUUUCACAUAAGACAGAUCUGUUUCGUAUUAUAGAGGAGAGUUUGUUGUUAACUUCUUAUUUAUUUUUUCCCAUGUAAGCAUGAGCAGUGAUUGCAGCCGUUUCUACAGUGCUUCACGUGGGACUCAUCAAAGCAUAUUGCAUCAGUGCCUAGAUAUCCUAAAUCUGUUACGUGAACUAGUCUGCGUCUGAGCAGUUUGCUAGAGAAAAAAGGUUGUCCUAACCAUCCCCCUACCCUUUUUGUAUAGCUCCUUAAAAAUGUUUAGUGCCAAGUUCAUACUGCAUUCUCAAAAGCAUCUUGGUCCUACAUUUAGAUGGUCUACAGUACUGUUUUCAAUCACUGUUUCCUUAAUAAAGUUGUAUCUUGAUAUCAGCUCUGUCUCUUCAGCGUUCCU